AAUCCCCAUUCUCUAAAUCAUACACAAAUUUUGUUUGAGCAUAAGUGGCUAAUGCUUGUGUGUCUCCAAAAUCCAUUCUCUAAAUCAUACGAAACCUCAGUGCUUAUGCUUCAUCAUUCAAGAAACUAAGCUUCUUUCACUUCCUUCUGCUUGCAACAUUAGAAACGCCAGCGUCUCUAGCUGUCCUAUUUACUCGUGAGAUGGGAGUGCUUGUUGCUGACAAACAUGUUCAAUAUAUAUUAUCAGUUGAAAAGAGGAAAGAUAAUUUUGAAUCUGUGGUAAUGGAGCAUCUAAGAAUGAAUGGGGCAUAUUGGGGAUUGACUGCUCUGGAUCUUCUAGGAAAGCUUGAUACUGUGGAUGUUAAUGAGGUUGUUUCAUGGAUGAUGAAUUGUCAGCAUGAAUCAGGGGGAUUUGGUGGAAAUGUUGGACAUGAUCCGCACAUCCUGUAUACAUUAAGUGCUGUGCAGGUGUUGGCUCUUUUUGAUAGGAUGGAUGUUCUUGAUGUAGAUAAGGUGACAGAUUAUGUUGUCAGCCUGCAAAAUGAAGAUGGAUCUUUUUCAGGGGAUAUGUGGGGUGAAGUUGAUACACGGUUCUCAUAUAUUGCUAUUUGUUGUCUAUCAAUAUUACAUCGCUUGGAUAAAAUUGACGUGGAGAAGGCUGUGAAGUACAUUAUAAGCUGCAAAAAUAUGGAUGGUGGUUUUGGUUGCACUCCUGGUGGGGAAUCUCAUGCUGGUCAAAUUUUCUGUUGUGUAGGGGCCCUGGCCUUAACGGGUUCGCUUGAUCUUGUUGACAAGGACCUACUUGGUUGGUGGUUAUGUGAGAGACAAGUUAAAUCUGGAGGUAUGAAUGGGCGUCCUGAGAAACUCCCUGAUGUCUGUUACUCAUGGUGGGUUCUUUCUAGCCUGACCAUGAUUGAUAGGGUUCAUUGGAUCAGUAAGGAUAAACUCAUAAAGUUUAUCUUAGAUUGCCAGGACACAGAAAAUGGUGGAAUUUCAGACAGGCCAGAUGAUGCUGUGGAUAUCUUUCAUACUUACUUUGGUGUGGCUGGACUUUCCCUUCUUGAAUAUCCGGGACUGAAACCGAUUGAUCCAGCUUACGCAUUACCCGUUCAUGUUGUAAAUCGAAUUUUCUUUACUAAAUAAGGACUUCAGUUUAGGCUCACAGUUGGUAGUUCGAUCAAACCCCCUCCCCGCCCAAAAACAUUAAAUCAUAGGAAUUAUAAUUUUCCUCAUUUUUCUGUGAAUCUUGAGCAUCUUUUAGUUAAAUUGCAGAGAUACGACAUAUGAAGUUUGAUUAGUGUUAUGUCAACCAUCAAAUUUAUGUUACUAUAUAUAAAUAUGACUAGAAAUUUAAUAUACUAGUCAUGCCCUUGCCUUUGUGACUUUUUUUUAACAAGUGUUUUAUUUUUUUCUUAAAAAGAAUAAACAUAAUAAUUUAUUCACUGAAUAAAAUUGAAGUGAACCUUCAAUCUGAGUUUCUGUUUGACAUCAAUCUGGAUAUCAUUGUGAUAUUUAGUGCACGUGGGCAACUUUUCCUACUUAUUGUAGUAAGGUGGGUGGUAGAAAAUUCAAAUUGGGAUGGUGAAUACGUGGAAAUGAUUCUGGAAGGUUUCUAGAACAUUAUGAUGAAUGGAAUGUUGUCUAGAGGACAAGGGGGUACUGGGACAUCCAAAUAAGUACUAAGUUGAUGUCCUUAGUGAGAGUCAGCACACAUGCAUCAGUGAAACAAUAGAAGACAUUGGGAUGUGGGGAGUGUUUAUUUUCAUUCUCAUAUAUCUAUUCUUAUUCUCUAUUGAAUAUUUUUUAUUUAAAUAUUGUUAUUAUGAUUUAGCUUCCUUCAAUUACAGUAUAAUUCCUGGUCCUCCCAAGAAAAAUCUAAACUCUGCCCUCAGUAAUCUAUCAUUGUUGACUUGUAGAAAUAGUCGUCAGGGCUAUGGGAUUGAAUAAGCCGCCUAAGAAAGAAGAUUCCUUUAAUACUCAAUGAUCAUGACAUAUUAGUUGAAUAUAAUCAAUAUGUUGACUGCAUUUAGCUGACUAAUGAUUAAUUAACAGGAGUAUAUUCAAAUAUUGUCACGGUUAUUUCCUUCAAUUACAUAUUUUGUGUUCUUAUUUCCUGUCUUUAUGCCUAUCUCUGUGUCUUCUUCAUUCAUGUUUAAUUGUGCUUAAUCGAUCAAAGUUAUGAUACAACCAGUUGAGUCUCUCAUUUAUAUCCUAAUUAAUGUGGUGCUGCGAAAUGUUUAAAUUAUUACAAAUAGCUUCUUGAUUUCUUUAAAAUAUAAUUUUAAUAUGUUUAUAAAAAAUAUGGGGAUAUUCUGAUUCUGGUGUUUCACUGAAAUGGCAAUUCAACGUGCUUAACGCAUUUUUCUAAUAGUUAGAAACGAUUGAAAAAAAUCCUGAAGUUCCAAUUGUUAUAUAUAUGUUCUGAAAUGGAUGUGUUAAUUAAUUAUUCCCACACUAAAAUAUAGAAAAAGGUCUCUUGAUAUGUCAGAGGACGACUCUCAAUCUGAAGAUGAGGAACUUUGUAAAAUUGAUGAGGAAGAUGAACAUCUUGCUAAAGUUCAAUCAGAGGAAAAUGAACACCUUCGUAAAGUUCAAGUAGAUGAAAAUGAACAUCUCACCAAAAUUCAACAAGAUGAAGAUGAAAGUCUUGCUAAGGCUCAACUUGAGGAAGAUGAGCAACUUGCUAGGGCAAUUCAAGAAAGUCUGAACGUUGAUUCUCUUCCUAAUUUCACAAUGAUUCUUCAUUUCUAUAUUUUCCUCACCUCUUUCCCCCUGGAUACAGGUAAUUGUGAGUAUGAUCAAAUCUUUAUUUGAAUGACAAGUCCAAAUACUGUUAAUGGAAACUGCUGAAGUUCCCUAGUUCAAAAUGACAGAAAAAUAAGCUUGUG